GCUGAACAGAGUGAAAAUCAAAGUUGUGGACAGCUCGUCAGAAGAGUUCUCAAAGCAGAUUUAUAAUACACAUAACUGCGACUGGAGCCAUGGCAACCGACUCAUGGGCUUUUGCGGUGGACGAACAAGAGGCUUCAACCAAGUUUAUUCGCAAUUUACGGAUUACGGACGUCGGAGAUGCACCUGUACUUCACUCUAAUGGAAAAAAAGCUGUUGAUGAUGGUGACAAAUCGGACGAAGAGGAGAAAGAGGACAAAGCCACACAGUCUCUCUUAAAUAAGCUGAUCAGAAGCAAUCUAGUCAACAACACAAACCAAGUGGAGGUUCUUCAGAGGGAUCCAAACUCCCCUCUGUAUUCAGUGAAGACAUUUGAGGAGCUAAGACUGAAACCACAGCUACUCAAAGGCGUGUAUGAAAUGGGCUUCAACAGACCCUCUAAAAUCCAAGAGAACGCCCUUCCCAUGAUGCUCGCAGAACCACCUCAGAAUCUGAUCGCUCAGUCUCAGUCUGGCACUGGUAAAACGGCGGCCUUCGUCUUGGCCAUGCUCAGCCAUGUGGACCCAGCCCUUAAAUGGACACAGUGUUUGUGCAUUUCUCCCACUUAUGAGCUCGCUCUGCAAACGGGUAAAGUCAUUGAGCAGAUGGGCAAAUUCUACCCAGACGUCACACUGGCAUAUGCAGUUCGUGGACACAGAAUGGAGCGUGGCGUUAAAAUCAGUGAGCAGAUUGUCAUCGGGACACCUGGGACCGUUCUAGACUGGUGCAUCAAGCUGAAACUCAUCGACCCAAGGAAGAUCAAAGUGUUUGUUUUGGAUGAAGCUGAUGUCAUGAUCGCCACACAGGGCCACCAGGACCAAAGCAUCCGCAUUCAGAGAAUGCUGCCCAAAGGCUGCCAGAUGUUACUUUUCUCUGCUACGUUUGAAGACACUGUGUGGAAGUUUGCAGUGCGGGUCGUGCCGGACCCCAACAUCAUCAAGCUCAAACGAGAAGAGGAGACCCUGGACACUAUCAAGCAGUACUAUGUGCUCUGCAACAGCAAGGAGGACAAAUACAAUGCACUCUGUAACAUUUAUGGAGCUAUCACUAUAGCACAAGCAAUGAUCUUCUGUCAUACUCGUAAAACAGCCAACUGGCUCGCAGGCCAGAUGUCUAAAGAAGGCCACCAGGUGGCGCUCCUCAGUGGUGAAAUGGUAGUCGAGCAAAGAGCUGCAAUUAUUGAACGAUUCAGAGAUGGCAAAGAGAAGGUUCUUAUCACUACUAAUGUCUGUGCACGAGGCAUUGAUGUCGAACAAGUGUCCGUGGUGAUCAACUUUGACCUGCCUCUGGACAAAGACCACAAUCCAGACAAUGAAACGUACCUCCACAGGAUCGGGAGGACCGGACGAUUUGGCAAGAGAGGGCUUGCCAUCAACAUGGUGGACAGCCAGCACAGCAUGGAGAUUCUCAAGACAAUUGAAAGGCAUUUCAAUAAGAAAAUUCUGAGGCUGGAUACAGAUGAUCUUGACGAAAUCGAAAAGAUCGCCAACUGAAAUAAUGAAGACCUUAAAUGCACUGCACAUUGCAUAAUCAAAAUCAGUUCUGCUAUUACCUCGUUCCAUUUGAUGCUUCAUUAACCAACAUUGGUGAAAGCUAGAGUUGCAAAGACAAAUGUUUACAUGAAUUACAGAGAACAGUUUACGCUUUAAUCUUUGGGCCAAAAGUUUUGAUUCCAAGCUAAUAGUUGUUACAGGAGGAAUCAGUUUGGGUUUGAAAGAGUGUUACAGCACUAAUUCCUAUAUUUAGUCUUGUUUCCUAAUUUUAUGUAGACCUUUUGUCCGUUAGCUGCUCUACUAAUUAAGCAUAUUUUGCAUUGUGUUGCACUGUUAAAUAAUUAGACUACCUUUUGAUCUUAAAUGUGAAAAGAAUUCUAACUGAAUUAAAUAUAUAAGCUUAUUAGAGUAUUCAUUAUAUAGAGGAUCAGACUUGAACUUUAGUGUGCAUACAAAGUCAUAAGGCACACAAAUAACCAACCCUAAAACACUUAACAUUGCUCAGGUGCACUUUAAAAUUAGAGAUUUUGUAAUAAGAAUUAUUGUGGAAGCACAAAAGAGUAUUAUAUUGAUGUUUAACAACAACAACAAAAAUGUAUUGAACUGCAUUCAAAACUUUAGAGUAUAAUUUUUUUUAUGGUAUAAUGCAAGGUUCCUUGAGUUGUUUUGAAGUUUAAAGAGGAAACCGUUAAUGUUGAGACCAAAUGAGAUGGGUUUUUUUUUUUUUUAACAAUGUCUAAACCUAUUCAUGUUUUUGAAAUGCAGCACUUGUACCAAUUGCAAUUAGGAACUGAAAGAUAAUAGAUAAUAAUAGAAAAUUAUUGCACUGCUGCUAUAUGCAAAAAGCUAAAUAACAACUUUUGUUACAUUUUUGCUGCUCAAGAAAUGCAAUUUGUUUGACUGAAACAGUUUGCAUUUGUGAAUGCUGUGAGUGAAGUUUACUAAGAAUUGAAGAGCUUUAAAAGUAUUUUUUUCUGCAGCAUUUCAGUUUCUUUUCUUGCACAUUUGCUGCAGUUGUUUUAUAGUUGUUUGUUCUAAUAAUAAAUAACCAACU